GUAUUGUACAUCCAUCGCCAGCUGUAGUUUCCAGCCCAUCAAAUGAUGAUAAGUACCACAAUCCAAUCGACACAAAGGCUGGUGAAUGUUUCAAGAACUACUUUGACGAUAUCCUGUUAAUUAUCGUUUACCAUUAUCCAUUCUACGACACACUUCCUUUACUCAUGUCGUUAUAUAAAGAUGCAUUUAAAAAUAUUGUGAUUUGUGGUUCAAAGGACUAUUCCGAGCACCCUAUAAUGGUGGUUGAUAUUGGCUCAGGACAUUAUGGUUAUGAAUGUGUUGGCGAGGCUAUACGCAG